AUGGAGUUCGAUUUAGAUCUGUCAACAAUCGACCUCGAGCUCAAAUUUCGAAACCUGACAUUUGACAAGGAUUUUUUCGCCGAGUUCCGAACGCCUGAACAAAAAGCCUUCGCUGGGAUUUACAUAGCCCUGUUUUUCAUUGGGAUCCUUUCGAAUUUACUCGUCGUUCUUGUUCUCGGGCUCAGUCGCGAUGGCCUCAAGUCGCCAUCUGGUCUUUACGCGUUUCACUUGGCGCUGGCCAACGCUCUUCUGAUCAUGUCUCUCCCGUUUGCAGCAGAUCAAAAGCUGAAUGCCUUUUGGCGCUAUGGAACGUUUCUAUGCAAAUCGUCCGAAGCAAUCAAACUAGUCAACUUCUUUGCUUCAAUUUUUCUUUUGUUAGGUCAUUCAGAAAAUUUAAAAGCUUUACUAUAG